UGCCGCUGCGGCGGCGGCGACGCCAGUGGAUCCUCCGGUGACUCUGGGGCGGGGCUGUGGGGAGGGCACAGACUGACAGACGGACUCCGGCGGAAUGGGGGGUGUGGCUGUUCCGCCAGGGUCCCCAGGGUGGGAGAGCGGCUCCGCGGCUACCGGUGCCCGGACCCCCUCUGUCUGCUAGACAUGCUCUUCCUCUCGUUUCAUGCAGGCUCUUGGGAAAGCUGGUGCUGCUGCUGCCUGAUUCCCGCCGACAGACCUUGGGACCGGGGCCGACUCUGGCAGCUGGAGAUGGCGGACACGAGAUCCGUGCACGAGACCAGGUUUGAGGCGGCAGUGAAGGUGAUUCAGAGUUUGCCGAAGAAUGGUUCAUUCCAGCCAACAAAUGAAAUGAUGCUUAAAUUUUAUAGCUUCUAUAAGCAGGCAACUGAAGGACCCUGUAAACUUUCAAGGCCUGGAUUUUGGGAUCCUAUUGGAAGAUAUAAAUGGGAUGCUUGGAGUUCACUGGGUGAUAUGACCAAAGAGGAAGCCAUGAUUGCAUAUGUUGAAGAAAUGAAAAAGAUUAUUGAAACUAUGCCAAUGACUGAGAAAGUUGAAGAACUGCUGCGUGUCAUAGGUCCAUUUUAUGAAAUUGUCGAGGACAAAAAGAGUGGCAAGAGUUCUGAUGUAACCUCAGUCCGACUGGAGAAAAUCUCUAAAUGUUUAGAAGAUCUUGGUAAUGUUCUCACUUCCACUCCAAACACCAAAACUGUUAAUGGUAAAGCUGAAAGCAGUGACAGUGGAGCUGAGUCUGAGGAAGAAGAGGCCCAAGAAGAAGUGAAAGAAGCAGAGCAAAGUGAUAAUGAUAAGAAAAUGAUGAAGUCAGCAGACCAUAAGAAUUUGGAAGUCAUUGUCACUAAUGGCUAUGAUAAAGAUGGCUUUGUUCAGGAUAUACAGAAUGACAUUCAUGCCAGUUCUUCCCUGAAUGGCAGAAGCACUGAAGAAGUAAAGCCUGUUGAUGAAAACUUGGGGCAAACUGGAAAAUCUGCUGUUUGUAUUCACCAAGAUAUAAUUGAUGAUCAUGUUGAAGAUGUUACAGGAAUUCAGCAUUUGACAAGUGAUUCAGACAGUGAAGUUUACUGUGAUUCUAUGGAACAAUUUGGACAAGAAGAGGUAAAAAUGACAUUUUCUGAUUGGUGUAUUUUCAAAGUGGUGUCUUGUUCAGCUAUGGGAAUUCUGCUGCAGUGGAGGUCCAGGAUGCUACAGGGCAAAUUAUUUAAAACAAGCUUAUUUUUGCCUCUUAAAAUAGGACAUAGGAUGCAACACCUGAGCGAAGGAACCAAGGGCCGGCAGGUGGGAAGUGGAGGUGAUGGGGAGCGCUGGGGCUCUGACAGAGGGUCCCGAGGCAGCCUCAAUGAGCAGAUCGCCCUCGUGCUGAUGAGACUGCAGGAGGACAUGCAGAAUGUCCUUCAGAGACUGCAGAAACUGGAAACGCUGACUGCUUUGCAGGCAAAAUCGUCAACAUCAACAUUGCAGACUACUCCUCAGCCCACCUCACAGAGACCAUCUUGGUGGCCCUUCGAGAUGUCUCCUGGUGUGCUAACUUUUGCCAUCAUAUGGCCUUUUAUUGCACAGUGGUUGGUGUAUUUAUACUAUCAAAGAAGGAGAAGAAAACUGAACUGAGGAAAAUGGUAUUUUCCUCAAGAAGACUACUGGAACUGGAUGACCUCAGAAUGAACUGGAUUGUGCUGUUGACAAGAAAAUCUUAGUUUGUGAUGAUUACAUUGCUUUUUUUGUCCAGUAGUUUGGUUUGUGUACAUAUAUACACAUAUAUAUUUUGCACUACACAAGCGAUAACAUUUUAAGGACUAAUAUUGCUGAUACUUGAAUAAUCAAUCUCUGCUAGGUUAUAAGUAGUAUAUACAGAUUUACCCUGCCCUUGAACUUGAAGGACAUUAAAUUAUUAAUGAUCAUUUGGUAACAAGUUUACCUGAUUAUCUUCCAUAGAGUAACAUAAGCUGCUUUUCAAAGGUACCAUUGUGAUAAUGAGAUCAAAUUUAUAAGUUAUUAUUUUUAAUUUUCUAAAUUAAAGAAAGAAUGCAAACCAGGAGUGAAUUUCAAAUGAGAUGUAAUUAACUUCAUAUCUUAGUCACGGAGUCGCCAUGCCACGUAGUAGAAAACCACAGGAAGAAACGUCAUAUUCACUUUGUGGGCUGUGCAUAUUCUUUCUUGGGCGUUCACAACUCUUGAGUUUGGUGUUCCAGGCAUCAUUAUUAAAAAGCAGAGUCCUAUGUACCAGACUGAAUUUUUAUAAAUGAUUUGCAGACUAGACAUAACGCGCCGAUGGAAAUGGUGAAGAAUGAGCUUCAUGUAGGUUUAAAAGUGUAUUCUGAGCCUGUAGAUGAUUAAUGAGGUUUUUAUUCAACCAUACAAAUGUAUUCCUUUGUAAUCAUUUUUCUUUAACUGAGGAUAUCUAGUGUCUGCUUCAUAGGGUGCUUUGAAAUAUAAAAUGAAAACUUAUUUUUACUGUUUUUACAGCAGUCAAAAAGGAAACACAUGAAAAUCACUUUUGUGCAACUGAUGAACUAUACAGACUGGACUCUUAACCUCUUAGUGCCUCAGUUUUUCCUUCGGGGUAUACUAUUUUAGAUACACCUACUUCACAGGAGUACUGGAGGGAUUUGCAAGCUAACGGGCCAAAUGCUUCCGUAGGAAUAAGGCAUGCCUAACUAACAGAAAUUUAAGUCCCUCUUCCCCACCUCUCUCAUCUAGACCAAAAAGAAGACUAUAAUUUAGAUCCUUGGAGACUUCUCCUGUAUGCCUUCCAAAACUUCCUGCUCAGUAUGUACCUUGUGCUUUGAAGAUUUCUUUGAUUCACUCUUUGUAGCAAAUAAUUUUUUUUUUUUAAACGGAGUUUCUCUCUUGUUGCCCAGGCUGGAGGGCAAUGGCGCAAUCUCGGCUCACUGCAACCUCCACCUCCUGGGUUCAAGCGAUUCUCCUGCUUCAGCCUCCCAGGUAGCUGGGAUUACAGGCGUGCACCACCAUGCCUGGUUAAUUUUGUAUUUUAGUAGAGACGGGGUUUCUCCAUGUUGAUGAGGCUGAUCUCAAACUCCCAACCUCAGGUGAUCUGCCUGCCUCAGCCUCCCAAAGGUCUGGGAUUACAGGUGUGAGCCAUUGCGCCUGGCCUGUAGCAAAUAAUUCUUAAGCAUUUUCAAGAUGUAUGAUGCUGGGUUUAGCAUCAUAUGUUCAGAGUGUUUUAAAUAAGAAAGAAUUAAUCUGUCUUUAGUAUACAGGAUGGUUCUUUGUUUGCCUGAAAAGUAUAAGAAUACAAUUUACUUUUCCCAAACCCUUUUUUCCUUAUUUUUUUCUUUCAGAUAACUUUAAUUAUUUAAUCCCACACUGAUUAAAAUAUGUCUAUCUAAAGGGAUCUACUACUAUUUGCUUUUAAAAAAGUGUUCCCUAUUUAUUUAGGAAAAAGUGAAAGAAGCAACUGAAUUUAUAUGUAAAAAUAACAUUUAGACCCGUGGAUCAAAGAUUAUUUUUAAAAAUUAGAUAUUAAUUUGGUAUCAGUAAAAAGUGGCUUUUCUCUUAGUAUAUACAUAAAUAAAAUGAAAAUUAAGAGUAUAAGCAGUUGUGAAUCAUUACAAGCAGUCUGGGAUAACUAACUCCUAGGGAUAACCAUUUCUAUCCUGUUCCAAAGUCUUAUUUUAUAGUUUGAAAAGCACUUUGCACACAGUUCUUGUAUAUAAAAGUAAAGAUGUAAUUAUAGGAUAUAGUGUUCUUGCUUUGUUUAAUAAGAACCUCAUUUAAACUUGACAGCUAUGGUAUUUUUUUAAUGAUCAAGUUCUUUUCUGUUUAUUGUAAAACUAAGUUAAAAAUAAAAGGUUAAUGAGAAAUGA